CAGAUGGCUUUUUCUUUUGUUUAUUCGUCACUAUUCACUUCUCUUCUUUCGCGGACUGCAUCGCUUCAUCAGCUGAAGCUAAAUUACGUCUAACCAGGAAAAAAGGGGAAUUUUUGUUUAAACUGAAGCCAAUAUUUUUGUUAAGAUGAUAUCAAAUUUAUCCAACUCGUUUCGAGUUCUUUCUAUGCAACAUGUUGCUUUGAAGUCUUCAUUAAACACUGUGCAUAAAAUUCAAUUGCGAGACAUUCAUCUACAUCAGCCCAUGUUAAAAUCGCUGGAAGAAAAACUAGGUUUGCCAGCGAAGCCAAAAAAACCAGCGUCUGCCUAUUUCCGCUAUAUGAACGAGAUUCGGUCGUCAGUACAAGCGAAAAAUCCCAAAUUGAAAUCACAGGAACUCGUUUCAUUAAUAGCGAAAAUGUGGAGAUCAUUGGACGCAAAUAGGAAGGAAAAAUUUGCCAAAGGAUUCCAUGAAGAGUCGAACGCUUACACGGAACGAAUGGCCAAAUAUAAAGAUAGUUUGAGCGAAGAAGAUGCCAGAAAAAUCAAGGAAAUGAGAUUCGAAAAGAAAGAACGGAAAGUAUUUCUGUUGUACAAGAAAAAAUGUCAGGAAUUGGGUAAGCCGAAGAAACCAGCAUCGAAUUAUAUUCGAUUCUUCCAAAUGCAAACGGACCGUCAACCAAAAGAACAGCAUAGGGAGUUUGUGAAACGGACCUCAGCCAAAUGGAAUGCAUUAAGCGAUACCGAAAAAGCGAAGUACAGCCUUUCUUCGGAGGAAGAACAAAAUUACAAGAAAGCUUUGGUACAGUGGGAAAACAAGAUGAGAAAAUUGGGCCACUUCGACAUCGUUUCAAGCGAGCCCACUUUAACUACAGAAAAGCCGAAACCACGUUCCCGUAAACCAUCCGUCGAAUAGGAACUCGGGUGUCCCUAUCACGAGAUCUCAGUUCGAUCAACUACCUCUACUACUAGCAUGUCACAGCAAAACGAAAAUAUUGUAAAUUCGUCAAACUGUUCCGUCGGACCAGCAACUGCCAACGAAAAUAAAUUAAAAAGACGAGAUUUAGAUGAUAGGGAUACGGGAGAUAUAGAGAACGAUGUAGCAACAACGAUACCAUCAACAACAACAACCAAAAUAACAAAGCAAGAAGAAAUUAUCGAAACGGCAAUUAAAACUUUACGAAGAGGAAUUGACAAAAGUAAGAAAACUCUAGCGUUCAUCAAAAAAAAAUUUAAGUUGUGAAAAACUCUUGUGUGUGUAAGAGGGUUUGUCUGACGCGUUUUAACAAGAUGUGAGUUUUGCUGGGUUCAUGUCUAAUCAAAUAGAAUUUGUCAAUUUUUGUUAUAACCAAUGUUUUGACUUCAAAAUUGCCAUUUAAUUAUAGAGACGUAAGAAAAGUAA